AUGUCUUCCGCCUCCGCCUCGUCGUCCGCCGCUUCCGCCGGCAAGGCCCGCCCGCUGGCCGACGCCGCCACCGCCGACGACCUCUUCGCCAGCGAGAAGCGCCCGCGCCGUCGCGAUGACUGGAUUGCCAUCGCCAACUUCCACCCGGGAUGGUUCGCCGCCACCAUGGGCACCGGCAUCACCGCCAUCCUGCUCGACCGCCUGCCCUACCAGUUCCCCGGCCUGCGCUACAUCGCCCUGGCCAUCUUCGUGCUCAACGUCGCCCUCUUCACGCUCUUCCUCGUCAUCUCCGUGCUGCGCUACGCCAUCUGGCCCGACAAGUUCAAGGCCAUGCUGCGCCACCCCGCCCACUCCAUGCUGCUCGGCACCUUUCCCAUGGGCUUCGCCACCAUCAUCAACUGCACCAUCUUCAUGCUGCUGCCGCGCUGGGGGCCGUGGGUCGCCACCGUCGCCUGGGUGCUGUGGUGGAUUGACGCCGCCGUCUCCGUCUUCACCUGCUACUACGUGCCUUUCGUCUUGUAG